AAUCAUUUGGGCCAUGUACAUACGGAAGAUAGCGUUCACUUUUUGAUCGAGAACAGCAGCCUCAGUUUGGCUCAGGAUGCCGAAAUUGAGCUGCAUUUGUUGGUGAAGUUUAACGAAAAUGGCAGGGUUCCGGAUGUUUCGGAGAUAAACCUCAACGGUCGAAACAUGUGCUCGCAGCGAAAGAGAAGAGUAUCAGCCGAGACUGAAGCUUCGACCGGAAGUUUUGAGGUUAGAACUUCCCGACCGUUUAUUACUACUACAACGAGCUCGACGGAUGCACCCUAUCCGCUGGUGAGAACGUCGCCAAAACCCGACACUUUCGAAUCCCCCGACGAAAGUCAAUGUGCCGCGGUUUCCGGGACUUCAACAUCAGGUGGGACGAAAAUUCAAAGUCGUAUCCUUGGAGGUGUAUCAGCUAAAUCCGGAGAAAUUCCAUGGCACGUGGCCAUCUUUUAUGAUGAUCAAUAUCAAUGCGGCGGAAGUAUCAUUUCUCGACGAGAUAUUCUAACAGCAGCUCACUGUCUAACCAUGGAGAACACGAAUCAAACUUUGGAGUUGGAACUUUUCAAGGUCUAUAUCGGCAUCGUUGAUCUGGGUUCGGUGGACGAUUACUUCUACCACACCGUAUCGGAGGCCAUGAUUCAUUCCGAUUACAACGCUGCUCAGCACACGACCGAUAUCGGGGUUUUAAAGUUGAAAAGGGAUAUCAUUUUCAACAAUUUUAUCAAACCGGUCUGUCUAUAUCCGAAUACCACGGACAUUAGUUCGUUUUUUAAUCGAUACGGAAAGGUCGCCGGGUGGGGACUUACCAGAAAUGGUGUGGUAAGCAACUCGCUCAACUACCUUGAUAUGCCGGUAGUUUCGCAGAAGAAGUGCUCACAAACCAACGUACAAUUCAACACCGUGCUGGCUUAUGGAGAGUCGUUCUGUGCGGGACAUGCCGAUGGAAAUUCAGUUUGCAAUGGAGACAGUGGUGGUGGACUAGUGUUUGAGGAUAAUAACCGAUACUACUUACGAGGUAUUGUGUCGAUUAGCGCUACGAAACGCAACCAGUUGAUGUGCGAUCCGAAUCGGUACUCUGUUUUCACCGAUGUGUCCAAGUUUCUCCGGUGGAUUCGAUUUAACAUGGAUUAGGUAGUUGGUUGGAAUACACCGAAAAUCUUUCUGAGAUUUUAGUUAAGAUAUGUACUUCUAUUUAAUUAGUGGAACACAACAAAACGUUACUCUAUUAUAAAUACAGUAAAAUCACAUAUAAUUGAUGUAAAAUUUGUUUUUUUUUAAAUAGAUUAAUUUUCUAUGGAAA